GACUCAGUUUGUUCCCUCCUCUUUUUCUCCUCUCCAGGCUUGAUUUACCUUCAAGAUGGGCAAGUUUGGUUUGAUCUCCCUCGCUCUCCUGUCCCUGCAGACGCUCCUUGUUCGGGCUGAAGACGCUGCUGCUACAACCCCCAAGGAAGCAAUUGUUGAGGAUAAGGAUGCUCCGAGUCUUGACGUUGAUAUUUCGACCACUUUUCCCGACUCUGAAAUUUUUGGCGUGAAGCUCGUCAACGGACUGCCUACCAAUGCGCUCGUCAAGUUUACAAAUAAUGAACCUGACCCCGUUACCGUCGACGUUAUCGGUGCCAGUCUCUGGACCCUGUCGGAGCCCAGCCAGAAUGUUCGCAACCUCACCAUGAAACGGUACAACGUCGAAGUGGCCGCAAACUCGGAGAGGACUCUCACGUACGGUUUCGCUACCGAGAUGCUUCCCCAAGAACUUAGCUUGAAUAUCGCGGCCAUGGUUGCGAAGAAGGAUGGUUUCCUUUUCACAGUUCCCGCCUACAACGGAACCAUCACCGUUGUGGAGCCCGAUAUGAGCAUCUUCGACCCCCAAGUGAUCUUCCUCUACUUCUUUGUGUCGGCAACUUUCGUUGGAGCUAGUUAUUUCCUCUAUACUCUCUGGAUUGCCCCUUACUUCCCCCAGAAGCGCAAGCCAGUCAAGUCGCACGAUCGCGCGAAGAAAGCAUCCCGUCAGCAGGCUGGCGUUGACUCCGGUGACCAGGUCUCCGAUUCGCCAGCCGUCGCGAAGACGUACGAUGCUGAAUGGAUUCCUGCCCACCAUAUCCAUCGUCCAGAGGCCCGAAAGGUCAAAAGUGGCAGUGGCCGGUCAAAGAACCGGGGAUAGACCAGAUAUUUGGCAAAAGCCUUGAAAUUGAUAAUCUUAUCUUCUUGUUUGUGGAUGAUUAAAACCAGAUGUUUCGCGGGAAGAAUAAAAAAGGGCAAUCAGACAAGGUCGGUUAGAGCGCGAUCCUGGGGAAAGGCGAGAUUCGGGGCUAUGUCCUGCUCAAACCAUUCUGGAUAUCCAUUUAGCGGAAGAAAAGUGAUGUUUCUGGAUGUCAUACAGAUUACGAAAGAUAUCAAUGUACUUUCAGACCUGUAUUCUUAAGAUAGCUUUUAUUU